UCCCGCAGUGAGGCUGCCAUGUGCAGGGCUGGGGCGCGGGGCCUGGACGCAUCCGUGGACUUGGAGGCUGGCCCGGGCCUGCACCUCCCAUCCCCAGCUGCCCGCAGCCCCCAGUGACUUGGGCUCCCCGGGAGAGCCCUCCCCUCUCGGCAGGAGGGGGCUGACUCGGGGAGAAAUGGCAGUUUAGGGCCUAGGGGGCCACGUGACCCUCCCCCAGGAAUGUGGUGACGUCAUCGGGGGCGUGGUCGUCCCCAAAAUUAGGGAGGAAGAGGAAAAAAAAGACAGAAAAAGUUUUCUUUUCUGGAGUCCCAAACGAGGUGCGGGACGGAAGAGGGGUUGAAGGCCAGAGGCCCGGGGCUUCAAGACCGCUGUCUGGAGUACCCCCGUUCCAGGCCAUGUCGGGGCCCACCUGGCUGCCCCCGAAGCAGCCGGAGCCCGCCAGAGCCCCUCAGGGGAGGGCGAUCCCACGAGGCACCCCGGGGCCUCCACCGGCCCAUGGAGCAGCACUCCAGCCCCACCCCAGGGUCAAUUUUUGCCCCCUCCCAUCUGAGCAGUGUUACCAGGCCCCAGGGGGACCGGAGGAUCGGGGGCCGGCCUGGGUGGGGUCCCACGGAGUACUCCAGCGCACGCAGGGGCUCCCUGCAGACAGGGGAGGCCUUCGCCCCGGAAGCCUGGAUGCCGAGAUAGACUUGUUGAGCAGCACGCUGGCCGAGCUGAAUGGGGGUCGGGGUCAUGUGCCACGGCGACCAGAGCGACAGGCAUACGAGCCCCUGCCACCUCCUGCCUACCGCACGGGCUCCCUGAAGCCGAACCCAGCCUCGCCGCUCCCAGCGUCUCCCUAUGGGGGCCCCACUCCAGCCUCCUAUGCUACUGCCAGCACCCCAGCUGGUCCGGCCUUCCCCGUACAAGUGAAGGUGGCACAGCCAGUGAGGGGCUGUGGCCCACCCAGGCGGGGAGCCUCUCAGGCCUCUGGGCCCCUCCCGGGUCCCCACUUUCCUCUCCCAGGCCGAGGUGAAGUCUGGGGGCCUGGCUAUAGAAGCCAGAGAGAGCCAGGGCCAGGGGCCAAAGAGGAAGCUGCUGGGGUCUCUGGCCCUGCAGGAGGAGGAAGAGGAGGCGAGCACGGGCCCCAGGUGCACCUCAGCCAGCCUCCAGAGGAUGAGCUGGACAGGCUGACGAAGAAGCUGGUGCACGACAUGAACCACCCGCCCAGCGGGGAGUACUUCGGCCAGUGUGGUGGCUGUGGAGAAGAUGUGGUCGGGGACGGGGCUGGGGUUGUGGCCCUCGAUCGCGUCUUUCAUGUGGGCUGCUUUGUGUGUUCUACAUGCCGGGCCCAGCUUCGGGGCCAGCAUUUCUAUGCCGUGGAGAGGAGGGCGUAUUGCGAGGGCUGCUACGUGGCCACCCUGGAGAAAUGUGCCACGUGCUCCCAGCCCAUCCUGGACCGGAUCCUGCGGGCUAUGGGGAAAGCCUACCACCCUGGCUGCUUCACCUGCGUGGUGUGUCACCGUGGCCUCGACGGCAUCCCCUUCACGGUGGAUGCUACGAGCCAGAUCCACUGCAUUGAGGACUUUCACAGGAAGUUUGCCCCAAGAUGCUCAGUGUGCGGUGGGGCCAUAAUGCCUGAGCCAGGUCAGGAGGAGACUGUGAGAAUUGUUGCUCUGGAUCGAAGUUUUCACAUUGGCUGUUACAAGUGUGAGGAGUGUGGGCUGCUGCUCUCCUCUGAGGGCGAGUGUCAGGGCUGCUACCCGCUGGAUGGGCACAUCUUAUGCAAGGCCUGCAGCGCCUGGCGCAUCCAGGAGCUCUCAGCCACCGUCACCACUGACUGCUGAGUCUUCCUAGAAGUACCUGCUGGGUUCUCAGUUCCAGUUCCCAUCCUUCGAUUGAUCACCCUCCCUGACAUCCACCUGUAUGACUUCAUCACCAAAUGCUGUCUCCUCUUUCUCCAAUCAAGAAAUAAUAAUCCCUCGAGUUUACAAAACA